AUGGCCGCAAGCCAUCCCAUAAACCCGGUGCCCGCCGCGGCAGCAGGGCAGUACCAGAGACCAGCCCCGCGCCAGCGAACAAAGUCAACCUUCAGCUUUCGCUCGCAGCAUUCGCAGAAGAGCAGUGGCAGCAGCCCAAAGAUCGAUCUCCAGGAAACCCACAGGGAGAAGGAAUCGCUCAGGCUCAACUCAAAAGCCGACCCGUCGUUGGCGAUGACAGAAGAUGAGCCAGCUGAGGUUGCGAAUCAGAAGUCCUCCCUGGCACCAAUCCGUGCGAUCCAGCAUCGGGAUGCACUUGGAAACCCCAUCGCCGACCCUGAUCGAUCGAACCCAACCCGCAGUCGGUGGGAGAGACCUCUCGAUACCAUUCGUUCCUUCGAGGCAGCUAUAGAUGGCGAUUACUCACGAAAGUCAACAUACCUUCGCACAGCGUCAUCGGAUAAUAUAUCAAAUUACAAUCGUCGAAGCAGUUACUAUGGAGGAGGCCCAAAUAGCUACUAUGGAGGACGGUCGCAAUCUUAUAGACCAGAAAGCACUUACGCCGAUGGAAGAUACAGUGCAGUGGCUAGACCGGAUAGCUAUUACAAUGGUGGUGGCGAUACUCCUGGCAAUGGGUACGGCAAUGGGUACGGCAAUGGGUCCGGCAAUGGAUAUGGCAAUGGGUAUCAUCCCAACAGGGCCCGGUAUCCACGGACAGCUCCCGAGCAGCAAUUCGCCAAUGGCCAAGGAGUUUACCCAGUUCAAGGCAACCAGCAGUCCUACGAAACAGUGACGACGGCCUCAGGAAGCGGCAGCUCUGAUCCAGCCGGCUACUCGACCGAUCCCAGUAGCGAGAAUAGUUCGGUGGACCGCUUUGCGGCUGCGCCUCCAAAGGAGCCGGUGGAGACUUACGGAUUCAACGGAUUUGGCAACGUUCCUCAAUUGGCAUCUCCUGGCGCCGGUUUGACAGAUGCCAUCAACCCUAACGGAGCGUACGGUUCGAACGGUGCUCAGAGGCCAGCGUAUGGUUUUCCGAAUCAGGCACCACCCCCACCAAGCAAAGAUGUCAAUGGCCCACGAGUUCCGAUUAAACUUGGUCAAACAAGUGGAAAUAUUGUGGCCCAACCAGCGCAGGCUAAACCCGCGACGGAGAAGCGCAAAUCAUGGUUUGGCAGGCGGUUUUCCAGAGCUUAA